AUGUCUAAGGCAGUCUACAUCGCCCCAAUUGAUGGGAAACCAGGAAAGCCAGGCCAGGUCUACUACCCACUCACUGUCCGAACCCUGCCAAAGCCUACCCCACAGGGCAAUGAGCUGCUUAUCAAGCUCACGGCGGCCUCCUUGAACCAUCGUGAUCUCUUUCUGCGCCAGCACCUAUACCCCGGCGUCACAUUUGAUGUGCCACUAUUAGCCGACGGUGUAGGCCUAGUAGUCGGUGCUGGUCCAGAAGUGCCAGCCAACAAAUGGGACGGCAAGCGCGUCGUUUUGAAUCCCGGUGUUGGAUGGAAAGAUUCCCCCGAUGGGCCUGAAGAGGCAACUGGGUACCGGAUUAUGGGUGGUACCAAGGUCUAUGACAAGGGUACCCUGCAGGAAUAUAUCACUAUUGCUGAGUCGGAGGUUGAGGAGGCACCGGCGCAUUUGUCUGAUGCUGAAGCGGCUGCGUUGCCAUUGACUGGGCUAACUGCUUGGCGGGCUCUUGUCUCGAAGGCGGGGGAGAGGAAUUCGAAGGAUGGUGCUGCCGUUCUGAUUACUGGUAUUGGAGGUGGUGUGGCUUUGAUGGCACUCAGAUUUGCGGUAGCCAGGGGCGCGCAUGUCUUUGUGACCAGCUCCAGUCAGGAGAAGAUUCAGAAGGCUGUUGAUCUUGGUGCUUCUGGUGGUGUGAGUUAUAAGGAGGAAGGAUGGGAUAAGAAGCUGUUGAGCAUGCUUCCUUCUGGGAAGAAAAACUUCGAUGCGGUCGUCGACGGUGCGGGUGGGGACUCUAUUGAGAAGUCUGUCAAGCUGCUGAAGGCCGGUGGUGUUCUUUCCAUAUAUGGAAUGACUGUCUCUCCGAAGAUGCCAUUCACGAUGCAAGCAGUGCUCAAGAACAUCGAUGUUCGUGGCUCUACCAUGGGCUCACGAAAGGAGUUCCAAGAAAUGGUGGACUAUGUCAAAGCCAAGAGCAUUCAUCCAGUUGUCUCUCGUACACUUAAGAGUGAGAUUGAUGAUCUCGCCGGGCUUGAUGGGCUCUUUGAGGACAUGAAGCAAGGUAAACAGUUUGGCAAACUGGUGAUCGAUUUUGGAAAUACCUCGAGCAGCAAGUUGUAA